CCUUUUUUUCAUGGGGUUUUCGAUUGUUUUCAUUGACAUGUUUCUCAGUUUAGCCCCACCAUGUUCCUGAAGCCAAUCAACUCCGUCGCGAUCACGAUAAUGGUGUUGUUGGCAUUCUUGAUCCUCGUUUUCGCUGGAGUCUUUGAAUUUCCAUCUGUAUCGCACUCAAUUAUCCCACCAGUCAACGAUUCGAAAUCGUCCGUCGAAUCCUCACCAAACCCUUUCACCGAUUUGAUCUUCGCUUUCCGGAGAUGGGAUUCCGAAGUGGGUUGUGCAAAGUUCAAAGAGAAGCACAAGAAUUUGAUCCCACAUGGUUGGUCUAAUGGGUCUGCUGCUCUGCAACGAUAUGGCGAUGACGCUGCUUGUGGAGAGUUGAAGAUGGGCCAUGUCAGUGUAUUGGUUAAAGGAUGGACUUGGAUUCCUGAUAAUUUGGACAAUCUGUAUUCUUGCCGAUGUGGGUUGAGCUGCUUGUGGACCAAAUCUGCGGUUCUUGCUGAUAAACCGGAUGCGUUGUUCUUUGAGACAACUACGCCUCCGCUUCGGAGACGCAAUGGGGACCCUCUUCGUGUAUACAUGGAUCUCGAGGCUGGUAGGAAGCGCACAGGUUAUGAAGACAUAUUUAUUGGUUAUCAUGCCCAAGACGAUGUUCAGUCAACUUAUGCUGGUGGGUUCUUUCAUAAUGGUCGAAACUAUCAUGUGUCUUCUUAUAAGAAAAGUGAAACUCUAGUUUACUGGUCUUCAUCUCGUUGUCUUCCAGAACGAAACCGGCUUGCCAAGAGUCUCCUCAGCUUGCUGCCUCACCAUUCAUUCGGCAAGUGCUUGAACAAUGUUGGUGGCCAGGACAUGGCCCUUUCUAUGUAUCCCAAGUGUGCCAACGAUGCCAAUGUCGUCCCAAAAUGGUGGGAUCAUCUCCAUUGUGCAAUGUCCCACUACAAGUUUGUCCUUGCAAUUGAAAACACAAAGACCGAGAGCUACGUGACAGAGAAAUUAUUUUACGCUCUAGACUCCGGUGCAAUUCCUAUCUAUUUCGGCGCCCCUAACGUUGGAGACUUCGUCCCUCCUCAUUCUAUAAUAGAUGGCACUAAAUUUAGCUCCAUGGAGGAGUUGGCGUCUUAUGUGAAGGCCCUAGCAAAUGACCCCGUAGCCUAUGCAGAAUAUCACGCAUGGCGAAGAUGUGGUGUAUUAGGCAACUACGUGAACACCCGCGCGGUGAGCCUCGACACAUUGCCAUGCCGUUUGUGUGAGUCUGUGAGUAGAAAAGGAGGAAGAAUUGCUAGAGCUUCCUGAUCAUUUUUGCUGUUUGGUUCUCGGUUUGGUCAUUUCUGUUGGCUGCCAUAGGGAAUAUUGCAACAUGGGAUGUAUGGCUAGGUGACUGGUAGGGUAAACGGGAUGAAUCAUAUAUUGUAUAAAGAAAAACAUUACGAAUUGAUUGCAGAAUUGAGAAAUGCUAAAAUCAUCAAGAAAAACCUGACAGUGUUGACAGCUUGAAA